AUGUAUAGAAAAGGAGUUAAAGGUAUUCAAACACAGAUCAAAAGAGAGUCUAAGUCUUUUGAAGCAAUCCAACAAGGGAGUGUGAUUGCUGUACUCAAUACAUUAGGCUUUGUUAUUACUGAAGUAUUUUUUAAAGGUCAACCACUAAGUUUUGGAAAAAAAAUUGAUAAAUAUGUUGAUGAACAGUUUCAAACAGAAAUUGUUGCUGAUAUGUCUCUUAAUCAAAUAAAGUCAUUAAAAAGAAGAAGAGAUUUAAAUCGUGCUGCUUUAUCAUUUAAUUGGUUAGUUGAAUAUCUAGAACAGUUAGGAUAUACUGUUCAAAGAAGACCAACUAAAAGUGCAAAGAAAACAUUACAAAUGGAGAAAGUUAGUAAGAUAUCAGAAAAGAAUGGUUAUAUUAUAACUUUAGCAGAAAUGCAAACUAUUGGAAAAGAAGUUAAUUCAUAUGUAAUUUCUCAAUUCAUUAAAUUAGAGAAAACAACAAUCUUAAGAGAAUAUCAUCCUUUAUGUUUUGAUUUAUUACAUUAUUCUAGUCUUAAUAAAAAUAAUUCUAUUCAUUAUUGUUCUUUCUCAAAUAAUGAAAUAAAACACCAACAUAAUGCUAAAAUUGAAAAUGAAAACUCUUCUGAUACUAUUACUUUAGAUGAGUGUAUUUCAACGCCAAAAUCAUUGUAA